AUGGCAGAAGGUUACAUUCGAGCUUGGGUUACUGUGCCUCAAGAGUACAAGGGAAACACUCUUUCUCAACUAAUCAAAGAGAAAUUACACAAGCACUUGGGAGGUAGGCAUAUGUAUUUUCUUGUUUUGGAUAAUAUACCAAACACCCGAGUUUUGGGUGAUAUCCUAACAUGUCUUCCUAAUGCUUCAUACCAAAUACGUAUAUUGCUGACAACUCAGUUCAAUGCUGUUGGUUGCGAUGCUGCCACAUUUGGCAAUGUGCAUAAAAUGUGCAUAUUGGAUCCAAACAGAAGUUGGGAUCUAUUUUGCAACAAACUCUCUCCCAAAGAGCUAAGAGCACCAAAAUUUGUAGAAAUCGCCAAACAUGUUGUGAAGGAAUGCGAAGGGUUGCCACGGUCAAUUGUUGCGGUUGCAGAGCGUUUUUCUAAAUGUGAUUACAUUUUAAAGGAAUGGAUGAAGAUUGAAAAGGAAGUCGAGACAUUGGGACCUCUAUACAAUGAUGCCGAGCACUUAAGUAAGCUUACUCUAUCCUACAAUCAAUUGCCCCAACAUUUGAAAGUUUGUUUUUUAAAUUUUGCAGUCUAUCCAAAAGGCUUUAAAAUCAAUGUGAAAAGGCUUAUUAGGAUAUGGAUUGCUGAGGGAUUUGUGAGGCAAAUGGAGUGUAAGGGAUUUGGGAGGCAAUUGGUCAAGGAUUUAGAAGAGGAAGGUUACUGCUAUUUAGAUGGUCUUGUUCAUAGUGGUCUGGUCUCAAUCAGCAAAUGGGAACAUAAGAUGACUAAUGUUUGCUGGAUACAUAGCUCCUUAUGGGACUUCUGUACGAGAGAAACAAAAAAAGAGGGUCUCCUAUGUGCGGCGUAUACUCGAAAAGAUUUAGGAUUGCCAUUAGACAUGUUUGUGAAUUCAUGUCGUUGGUUAAGUUUAUACUCACAUAGGUUGGAUUAUUAUGCGCUCUUUACUACAAAUAACCCUCGCUCUCUUUUCUUCUUUCAAGGAGAUUUUGUAAAGUCGGUAUCUUUCAAGCUAUUAAGAAUUGUAGAUUUGAGUGCACUUCAAAUCUUCGAAAUAGUGCCAUUGCAUUUAAGAGAUUUAGUUUUUCUGAGAUACCUAUCUGUACCACCGUGGUUUGAGGGUUUAGACGAUGUAGUGUCAAACAAUCAGAAUUUGCAGACAAUUAUUGUUUGUGGUGGUGAACCACAACUACUUAAAACUGGCCAUUUGUCAUUCAGAAUUUGGGAGUUACCACAUUUAAGGCAUCUUGAACUUGGCAAUUACUAUGAGGUGGAUCCUCCAAACAGGAAUAUUGAGCAAUUACAAACAUUAUCGUGGGUUAGUCCAACUCAUUUCACAGAAGAGGUGUAUAAGAAGUUCCCAAACUUAGAAUAUCUCAAGGUUUACUAUAAAGGUGCCUUUGAUGAGCCAUGUAGCAGCCCUGGACCUUGCAGAAACCCCACCAUCAAUUUGGAUUAUAUUAGGUAUUUGUCGAAACUCGAGACACUUACCGUUAUAAUCCCAGAAAACAGUAUGACCCAUCUAGAGCAGCUAGUGUUUUCUACAAGGCUGAAGAAGUUGAGGUUGAGCGGGACUAAUCUCCCGAUAAUGAAGUUUCCAAGGGUAUUGAGUGCUUUAAAGGUGCUCAAACUAGAAAACGCCUUCUCUGACCUAGUGUGGGGAUCAUUUGAAGAAUUUUAUAACUUAGAAGUGUUGCUCAUUGAGGCUACAAAUCUCCAGAAAUGGGUGGUCAAGAGCACCAAUUUCCCAAAAUUAAGUUGUCUAAUCCUAAGACGUUGUUAUCGUUUGGAAGAGAUGUUAUUUGAAGUUAGAUAUAUUGACACUCUAAAGACAAUUAAGGUGGAGCAGUGUUCCCCUUAUGUUGUCGAUGUAGCCAUGAAGAUUCUGGAGGAGCGAAAGUGGCUUCGGAAAAAGUCAAACGACCCUUGGGAGGCGUACAAUAUCAGGAAAGCGCGCCUAAAUCGAGUUGAUGCUUUCUAUACGCCACUUACUGUUGUUGUCGACGACGUGAUUCAUGAUGUUCGCUAG